AUGCAGCAGGUGGCGUUUGGUAAUCCCUCCUUGUGCUGUGGUUUUGUCGAGCAUCCGGGAUCUAACGACCGACCCAGGCUUCACGAUGAAAGAAAACCACUCGAACCUAAUUACCCGGCCAUAAAGCCAUCCAUCUCAGAGAGACAUCGAGAGGAGGACCGUAGACAUGCUGAUGCAUUAUCAUUGGAGCACGCUCCACCAGGACCAUGCUAUGAUGGACUCAAAAACAAUGUGGCCACAUCGCUGAUGCGGGUCAAACUCAAUGCCUGGCCGAAAGGAACACCGGAGUUUGUCAGCCAUACGGUAAUGAAGGAGUACAUCCAGGAUACGUCGAAGAAAGCAGGUGCCGAAAGCGUUACAAUAUACGGAGCUCGAGUGACCAGGUUGCGCAAGGUUGAUCGCAAGUGGGACGUUACGUGGACGACCUUAAAGGAAACCACACAAUCGGGAACGCUUGAGGAACAGGAGGAAACUGCUAAAUUCGAUGCGGUAAUAGUCGCUUCAGGCCACUAUCAUGCGCCUCGGGUUCCAGAUACACCUGGGCUGUCCAAAGCGAAAGCACAGUGGCCGUCGCGCAUAACUCACUCGAAAGGGUACAGAAGCCCGAACCCUUACGCUGGCAAGAACGUCUUGCUCAUUGGAGGCGGGGUAUCCUCAACGGAUCUUGCUCGAGAAAUCGGUCCCUUGGCCAAGAACGUCUACCAAAGCACGCGGAACGGUGAAUUCGAUAUCUCUGCCAGUGUCCUUCCGGAGAAUGGUACAAGAAUCAGUGAGAUAGAACGAUUCGAAAUCGAGGCAAAGGCUGCUACAGAUGAUGAGGCUUUGCCGAUCAAGGUACACCUGAAGUCAGGGCAGACGCUUUGUGGAAUUGAUGCGAUCAUUAUCUGUACCGGAUACCAUAUCACGCUGCCUUUUCUGCCGGAAUAUCACGACGAUACAACACCAGCGGAGCGAGCAAGUGAUACAGUCUUAGUGACUGACGGGACGCAGGUGCAUAACUUGCACAAAGACAUCUUCUACAUCCCGGAUCCAACCCUGGCAUUUGUGGGAGUCCCAUACUACACAGCGACGUUUACGCUGUUUGAAUUUCAAGCAAUAGCUGUAGCGAACGUUUUCGCCGGGAUUGCGGAGCUACCAGCGGAGAGUGCAAUGAAAGACGAAUACACCCGUAAAAUCGAAGAGAAGGGCAGUGGCAAGCGCUUCCACUCUCUGAAGGAUAUUGAAGAAUUUUACGUGAUUGACCUGUUGGAGUGGAUCAAUGGAUACAGAGCUAAGCAUGGUCUCUCCGCGAUCGAAGCCCACUCAGACAGUUGGCAUCUGGCGAAAGCCGAGCAGAGGGAGAGAGUCAAGGUGCUACUGGGGACUGGCCGGAGACGAGACAGCGGCAUCGGGGAGCUUCCGGUGUUGGAGGUAUGCAGCUAG